CCAGCGGACAUUCCUCUGAUAAAGACGCUGUUCCCCAAUUCGGACAUCAAGUACGUGAAAGAUGCUGGUCAUUGGGUGCACAGCGAGAAAUCGGCCGAGUUUGCGAAGCUGGUUUUAGAUUUUUUGAACGAAAAUUGAAACGGAUGACGCUUUUAUUGUGAAACGCACUGUAUCUGUUUUGCAAACAAACAAACAAAACAGAUCUAGUUCCCGCGGAAGGUGAUGGAUUUGGUCGCUAAGCAAAGCAUCAACUGCAAUCAAGGCGCUGUUCGCGCGGUUCGGUACAACGUGGACGGUUCGUACUGCUUCUCCUGUGGUUCGGAUAAGAAGAUAAAACUAUGGAACCCACGGACCGGUUUGCUGCUCAAAACAUACGGAGGCCAUGCAGACGAGGUGAUGGAUGCGGCCGGGAGCUGUGAAAGCAGUUUCAUCAUUUCCGCUUCCCUCGAUAAGAGUGUCAUUUACUGGGACGUGUCGACCGGUCUGCCGGUGCGCCGGUUACGUGGCCAUGCCGGUGGCGUCACAUGCGUGCGGUUCAACGAAGAAUCUUCGAUCGCCGUAUCCGGCUCGAAGGAUAACACAAUCGCCUGCUGGGAUGUUCGCACACGUAAGCUCGACCCGGUUCAGACGAUGCGUGAGGCCAAGGAUUGCAUUACGGCGCUCGUUGUGAGCGAACACAAGAUAGUGUCCGCCUCGCUGGACGGUUCCGUGCGGCAGUACGAUAUCCGGGCCGGUGAGCUCGUUUGUGAUACCAUCGGCGUGCCCAUCACUCAUCUUGUCCAAACGAGCGAUGGCCAGUGCUUGCUGGCGGCCUGUUCCGACGGAGUCAUACGGUUGAUCGACAACGAUACGGGAGAACUGCUGUCCGAGUACAAAGGCCACCGGGUGGAUGAUUACCACAUCGAAUGUGGCAUUAUAGAGGCGGACACGAAGAUCAUCUCCGGAUCAGCGGAAGGGGUGGCUAUCAUUUGGGAUCUGCUGGAAGGUAACGAAGUGCGAAGACUUCGGAUAGGCAGCGAAGUGGUGCACUCGUUGGCCACACAUCCCACCGGAAACGAUGUGCUGUUUGCUCGUAAGCGGCAUCUGGAAGUUUGGGGUCAUCCGGGCGAGGAUGCCGACGAAGCAUAGACAGGAUGUAGAUAACCGGUAUCGAUUAAGUACAAGAAAACAAUUCUGAUAACAUUCUGAAGAAAACAGCCGCACCUUCGAGUCGAUUUCUAACCAAAAUCAUGGAAAAACAGCGGAAAACAGCGGAAAAUCAUCGUUAAAAUGCUGCGCCCGAACCCAUUUCCAGUGUUGUAGCCAGGUUUGCGCAAAAAGUUGGCGGUGCGUGUGGCCCGGCCUUAUCGCUGAAAAAAAACCAAAACAAAAACAAAGCAACGAAUUUUCAGCUCGCGUUUGGAAAACUCGAAACGAGGAAAGAAAAUCCCGUGGCAUAGUGCAGUAAGUUACAAGUUCUUUCGGCUUUUUUUUGUGUUUCGUUAAUAAAAAGGUUUCCGGUAUCUUCUAUCGUCA